AUGAAUCGCUCAAACAACUAUUCCAACUUUUCUCCUCUCUCGUCGUUGUCGGUCAACCUACCGGCACGACAUCAUCAUCAUCAUGACGAUGAUGAUCAGUCCUCCAAACGAAAAGAAAACAUUGACUUGUUUUCGCCAAAAGGACGUCCCAUGAUGCGUCGUCGCUCUGGCAAAAAUUGUGGUAAAUUGUCAGUAUCCAGUCGGGGUACAUCAUCCAUGCACCACAAGACCUAUUCUUGUCCACCAGCACUCAACCAUCUACCAGUCAAGUCGACCACCACUCAGUUCUGCCUCGUCACCAAGAAGAAUAUCCAUCCUGCUGCCGUAGUACCAAUGGUGGUACGACUGCGCCGCAUGAAACGCAGAUUGCUACAGGAACAUGUCAAGGAUCAACCAGAGGUGACAUGGAAUGCGCCAAGCAACAACAGAAACCUCUAA